CCGGGUUUUCAUUCAUAAGCGAGCAACGCCAGCGAACGGACGCAUACGCGCUUAGGCCAACAUCCAGCUGGGACACACUUAGAAAGAUUUAAGAUUUCAAUGAAAGAGUCUAUCAAUGUUAUUUAAAGUUAGUAUAUAUAUUAAGCAAGCAAGUGGUAAUUGAUUCCAAGGAGCUAACGCAGCAAAAGCAACAAGUUUUUAAGUGCCAAAAGCAAAAAGCCAAAAGAGUGUCUCAAGUGUACGAAAAAUACAAUUAUUUUUCAACAUUUUAUUUAUAUGCCUAUGCAAUUAUGAAGGACUUUGGCAAAAUGUUCUCGCGUCGCUAUAGUGCCGUCUGUGUAAGCGAUGAGGAGGCGGGCGUGAAUGCGAACCAGCCAAAUCAAAUGGCAGCAAACGCAGCCGCCACGCAACCAAAACCAAAUGCAAGUUCAACUCAAACUGCAGCUGCAGCCACAGCCACAUCCUUGCCAGAAGCAGAUCCUGCCACAGCCGCAGCGGCGCUGGCGGCGCUACAGCGCGCCCAGCGUCGCAAGAGCCUCAAGGCAAAUCGCUCCAUGAAGCCCAUGGACAUAUUGGGCAGCUUCUUCGAUGAGCGCCAGCAUGGCAAGCACAAUGCACGCUCACCCACACGCGCCUUUUUGCUGCUGGCCAUUGGAUUUUUGGCCAUAACAGCGGCGGUGCUGGUUAAAGUAUUUCAGCCCUACGAUUUGAUAUUCAAAUGGAAAUUGGUAAUGGCCGACAAUGGUGAAAUCUUCAAUCUUUGGGCCAAGCCACCAGUCGAUUUAUAUAUCAAAAUAUAUUUAUUCAACAUCACCAAUGCGGAGGCCUUUCUAGCGGGUCGCGAAAAGCUGCAAGUGGAGGAAGUGGGUCCCUAUGUGUACAAAGAGCUCAUGACACAUGAGAACAUCACAUUCAAUGACAACAACACGAUGUCCACAACGCCCAGCCAUCCGUUGGUCUGGCAGGAGCAUCUGUCCGAAGGUCGCCGGGAGGACGACGAGGUCAUCAUGCUCAACAUAGCUAUGCUGGCCAUUUCGCAUUUAACUGCCGAUCGUAACUAUUUCUUUGUACGCUUGCCAAUGCAAGGACUUUUUGCCAGCACCAAAUCGGAGCCGAUUGUCCGAAUGACGGCCAAAGAGUUCAUGUUUGGCUUUCCAUCGACAUUGGCGACGCUGGGCAAUACGCUGUUGCCCAAUUGGAUAUCGUUCGAGAAGGUGGGAUUGAUUGAUCGCAUGUAUGAUUUCUCAACGGACUUUGAGACGUUCUAUACGGGCGUGCCAGAUCCAGCCAUAUCGGGUCUGUACGCCACAUACCGGGGCGAGACAAAGCUGCCCCAAUGGGAGGGUGAUCACUGCAACAACAUUGAGUAUGCCUCUGAUGGCACGAAAUUCAAGAGUUUCAUCCAGCCCAACGACACAGUCAAGUUCUUCCGUAAGAGCAUGUGCAGGCCCAUCAAUUUGUAUCGAGAUGGUGAGGAGCGCACGUUUGGCAGUCUGAAGGGCUACAACUAUGUCUUUGAGGAGAAUGCCUUCGACAACGGUGCCAUCAAUGAGGCCAACAAAUGUUUCUGCCGCCACGGUGAUUGCCAGCCGGUUGGCUUGAUUGACGUCACGGAUUGUUAUUAUGGUUUCCCCAUCUCUCUCAGCUUCCCACAUUUUAUGAAUGGCGACGUUGGCCUGGUGGAGAACAUUACAGGCAUGCAACCUGAUCCUGAAAAGCAUUCAACAGCAUUUGUCAUACAACCUGAAUCCGGUCUGCCGCUCUCGCUGUCCGUAAAAGUGCAAAUCAACAUGCAUUUCAAGGAUCUGCAAAACUAUCCGCAAGUCUCACAGUUUAGUCAUCUGACUGCCCCAAUGCUGUGGUUCGAGAUCAUGAUGCCUAAGCUGCCGGAUGAACUUGACACGCGCUUCAAUUUCUAUCUGAAUCUUUUGCCGCUGGUCAAUCCUUUGGGCUUCUGGGGUGCUCUGGUGCUGGGAGUAGGCCUGCUGGUCUAUGCCAUAACACGUGCCACCCUGCACAUGUCCAGCUUUACACGCCAAGCAACCAACAUUUCGGAUGGCAAAUACGCACGCGCAAAUCUGUUGCAGAAUCUGACGGGAAGUGGGGGCAUCAUUGGCGGCGGUAAUCAGGUUUACAAUCCGUGUGAAUUGAAGUUAUUGGACGAUAUGCCAAUUGCCAAGAAACAUGUUAUUAUACGGGGCAGCAGUGAUGACGAGGCCUACCAGGAGCGCCGACAGUCUGUAUACGCUCUGGAGCUGGAGCCAGCGCUCUCCGAUGCGGAGAGCAGCGACGAAGGCAACGAGAGCGAUACUGUUACACUUAGCCGCAACUCAACCACAUCCAGUUCGUGCAUAGAAGUGGAGCAUGAUGAUGAUAUUUGCAUAGAUUGCUUUGAUGACAACGGUUUGGAUGUAACUGUCGAUGCAGGCAGUUCGAGCCAAACAGGCGCGAAGCAACAGUUGGGCGUUAGUUUGGCCAGCAGCGGCUUUGCUUCGUCGCCCGCCUCGAGCAACUCUAGUUCCAGUUCGUAUAUGAAUGUGUUGAGCGCGACAAACAACAGCAAGACAAGUUGGACACCCUAUGCACAUCCCGAGAAGUUUGGCGGGACGACAGGAAUGACGAAGCAUGUCUAGAAAUAAGCCACCAGUUUAGUAUUUAGUUUAGGUUGUCGGUAUCUCCAUAUAGAUGAUGUAGUAGCUAGUUUGCUAGUUUGGUUGGGCAUUGGCAUCGCCGCUUUUGGUUUUAUAUAGCAUUUUUUUGAUUGUGUAAAUAAUAUGAAAGCCAAGUGCUGGUUUUUUUUUCAAUACUGUGAUAGCUUUAGACAACAAAAGAACGAUGUAUGUAUAUCCUCUCACUAUAUCUGUGUAUACCAAACACAAACAGCACAAGAAGUGCUGAAUGCGGCUUUUUACAAAAACUAAAAAAAAAAAAACAAAAAAAACUAAAAUUUGUAUGGAAUUAUUUAUAUAUCGAGUUUAAGCAGUUUAUAAGUUAACUUUCGCUUUAAUUUUAGUUAACAAGUCACCUCCAUGAGGUGCCACAAAUGAUUUGAAUUUAAAUUUGAAUUAAAGCAAAUUAUGAAUGAAAUCUGAAUAAGAAAAAUAAGCACAACAAUUGUAGUUCAAGUUCAUAAUCUAUGCUAAGAAUUGCUGUGAUUUUUGUAUUUGAAACAGAAUUUAUGCGCAAACGCAUUACAAAGCGAGGCGUUUGUACAACAAAUUAAAUAUCUUAGCCUUAGACCAUGUAAUUGUACCAUUCAAACUGCAAUAAAUGCAUCAAAU